CAACCAUGAGCCCACUAUUGACAAUAGUUAGAUUUUAAUAUCACUACUGUGCAGUUUUUUGUUUUUUUUUUGGAAAAUCACCAUGAUAAGGCCUAAAGUACAGCACGUGCUGGAGGAGAAAAACACAUUUCACCACCAACCUCUUUCUAAACUGGCAUUUUAUACGCCAGUUCCUUGAAGCCAAGACCUAAUUUGAUUGGCCUCACGUUCCCUAACUAUGGACAAGAACAAGCUACAGAUAAAAUGGAAGUACAAGGGGACGGACAACACAAUGGUCCAAUUCGCCGCCGUUUCCGACGAAGAUUAGGACGAGGAGUACCUAACGUGGGAGCGCUCAGAGUCAACGUUUGUGUCUCCAACCAGGAGAUCACGAUUUCCUUUCAAGUGGUGCCGCCGCCGCCCGGGGAUGGUGACAAUGAAAACAAUCCCAAUGAUGCCAAUACUGAAGAGAGUGAAGACAUUGACCAUAAUCCAAGUAGCGAAGACAGCGAUGGAAAUAUCGAAAACAAUGACAGGGAUGCCAAUAUUGAAGACAGCGUUGAGAAUAGUGAAGACAUUGACCAUAAUGCUAGUAGUGAAGACAAUGAUGCCAAUAUUGAAAACAAUCACAGUGAUGGCAAUAUUGAUGAUGACGACGACUAUAAUGAAGGCAACAAUGACAAUAAUGACGACGCCAUUCCAAAUAUUGACGACAACGAUCCUAAUAAUAGUGAUGCCAGUAUAGAACAGAUUGACAGUGAUGCCAGUGUUGAACACAACGACAGUGAUGCCAGUAUUGAACACAACGACAGUGAUGCCAGUAUUGAACACAACGACAGUGAUGCCAGUAUUGAACACAAUGACAGUGAAGCCAGUGUUGGAAAUGACAACAAUGACAGUAAUGUUGAAGACAAUAACAUUGAUGCAAAUAUUGAAAACGACAACGAUCCCAACAACGAAGACAGUGGUGCAUCAACUGAAGAUAGCGGCAGCGAUGCAAGUAGUCUCCAAAGUGAACACCAAACCGGCGAAAAUCCAGAAUUCAACAUUUCAAUGGGCAUCAUGCCAUUUCCACACGGCAAUAUCGCACAGAACAUUUUCGUCGAAUUCCAUGGAACAAAUACAGACGGCUUUGUAAGUGACAUUGAAGACAGCGAAAGUUCCUUGGAAUGAAACAGAGGACUACGACAUUGAAUAAUGACAAUAUUUUCAACAAA